AGGGAAGGGAUCAGGAGACGGUACCACAUCCUGGACAAUGUCCAACAUUUUUUCACCCAAAUUCAACCAUGUGCUUCUCCCUUUGCUGACAUUGUGUGUGCAGCAACCUCAGAAUGAAGAGCCUCCCCAGAAUUGAGCAACACUCGCGGAUUUAGUCUUCAUCUUGUGUCUGGCUCUGAUCAAAAUUAAUUAGAUAGGAAAACAAAUUGCAGGGCCAAGGGAAGAGGAGGACAUUGGAACUGAAACUGAAUUCACAACUAGCACACGGUUGUUGUGGAGAGGUGAGUGAUUGUGUCACCAGCCAUGCCGACUGUGGUCUUACUGGAUGUUUCUCUCUCCAUGACCCGGCCUGUGUCUCUGGAAGGCACGGAGGAAUAUCAGCGCAAGCACUUGGCUGCCCAUGGACUCAGCAUGCUGUUUGAACACAUGGCAACCAAUUACAAACUGGAGUUCACCUGUCUUGUGGCUUUCUCUUCACUCUGGGAGCUCAUGGUUCCCUUCACCAGGGACUACAAUACUCUGCAGGAGGCACUGAGUUCUGCGGAUGACUACGACAAGACUUGCCUGGAGUCCGCACUGAAUGGCAUUAGUAACAUUGUGCAGGAUGAGUGGGGUGUCUGCAUCCCCUGUCAGGUGAUCCUUGUAACGGAUGGGAGUCUGGGAAUAGGUCGAGGAUCACUUCGCCAUUCCCUUUCUCUCCUCAGUCAGCGCUCCGAAGACAGCAAAUUCCCACUGCCUUUUCCUUUUCCUUCAAAGUUGUACAUUAUGUGCAUCGCUAAUUUGGAAGAGCUGCAGACCACGGAUACAUUGGACGUUCUGGAACGUCUUAUAGAUUUAAAUAACGGCGAGGGUCAGAUCUUCACUAUUGAUGGUCCUCUCUGCCUGAAAAAUGUGCAGUCCAUGUUUGGCAAACUGAUUGACCAAGCCUACUCUCCUUUUCAUGCUGUGCUGAAAUGUGGUCACCUGGUAUCAGACAUGCAGAUGUUUCCGAGACCAGAACCUGUCAUCAUUGAUGAAGAACUGGAGCCUGUUCCAAAGACAAUCAACACAGAGCUGGAUAUCGUGGGAUUUAUAAAAAUCGCAGAUAUUGCCAGUCCACCUGUCCUUUCUCGUCAUUUGGUUUUACCCAUAGCCCUCAAUAAAGUAGAAGGUGAUGACCUGGGGAGCGGGUUACCUGAAGAAACUGAAGAUGAAACUUCUGCUUCUCAAGUUGCUGGAAAGAUGCCAUCGUUUUGCGUUUUGCUGCAUGGCAGCCUCAAAGUAGAAGGGAUGGUGGCUAUAGUGCUGCUCGGACCAGACUGGUAUGGGAUGCUGUAUUCUCAGGCUGAUAGCAAAAAGAAGUCCAAUCUGAUGAUGUCUCUGUUUGAGCCUGGUCCGGAGCCUCUUCCUUGGCUUGGAAAGAUGUCGCAGUUGGGGCCCAUUCUGGAUGCUGAGGAAAAUCCCUAUGGUGAAGAUGACAGCAAAAGCCCCUUCCCUCUACAGCCUAGGACAAAGCGCAGUUAUGCUCAGAAUGUUACUGUAUGGAUUAAACCCAGUGGACUGCAGACUGAUGUUCAGAAGAUCUUAAGAAAUGCUAGGAAACUUCCAGAAAAAACACAAACAUUUUAUAAGGAACUAAAUCGGUUGAGAAAAGCAGCGCUAGCGUUUGGAUUUCUGGACCUACUGAAAGGUGUAGCUGAUAUGUUGGACCGUGAAUGCACGCUCCUCCCGGACACAGCCCAUCCCGAUGCUGCAUUUCAACUCUCCCAUGCUGCCCAGCAGCUAAAGUUGGCCAGCACUGGGAACUCAGAGUAUGCAGCAUAUGAACACAACAUUGCCCCUCUGCAGACAGACUUCUCCAGCAGCAGUGCUGACAGAAUAUGAUUAGAACAGAAACUCUAUUUGGUUCACUUUUGAGGACCUACUUUUUAAAAGCAAUGAUUUGCUGGAAGUGCUGUGCACAAAGAUACAGCAAGGGCCAUGAGGCUGUUUUAAAAAAAAACACUGCUGUAAAAUUUACUUGGGAUCAUAUAGCACCAAAAGAAAAUCUUUUUUACAAAAUCUAUUUUUUAAUAAGCUGUCUCUUCGGGUUAUUGGUAAGAAGAAAAUCUCCAUUGUUUCUUUUCACCACACAACCUAGGUAAAAUGAUAUGUUGUACUGUACAUUUGUGUUCUUUCUCAACAAGUUCUUCUAAAUUUUCAGUACAGACCAACCAGAAUGAAGCAGAUCACUUGCCUUGUGUCUGAGACUGUACGUUUGGAUUUAUGGAUGGGACUGCCAGUUUAGCAUGCUGGUUACUUAGUACAACUCCUUUUGGCUUAGAUUAGAGUUGAGAAGUCAUACAAACAAGAGCUAUGUCACAAAUCUGAAUGAUUCAUUAAUCAUCUGAUUUUUGCGUUGCCUUGUUUGUGACCAGCUGUGUCACAAUUUAAUUCCACUAAUUUCAGUGAUGUAGGGAGUGGUAUGCUUUCAAAAUGUGUUUUUGAAUGAAAGCCUCAUAAUUAUAUUAAUAUUUACAACAAUGCAUUCUGGAUUAAUCAUACUUAAAAUUCUGAAAUUGAAUUAGUUCAGUGAACAUUUCUGUGGAAGAGACUGUAUGAUGUAAAGCUGUGCAAUCCUUAAGUAGUUCUGCAGUCUUUAAAGCAGGCAGCUAAUUAUUGGAGCAUGUCCUCAGCUGCAAAGAUAAAACAGUUUAUCAACUUAAUCAGAAGCACACAGUUGCAUGUUUGAAGUCCAGCUCAUUGACAUUGCAGAGGUGUUUUAUUUAUUUUUUUAGUGCUACAGUAACUGAAGUUAUUUUACAUGAACUACUGUUAGGCAGCCUGAUGACAGCUGUGUCUUUAUUGGGUUUGACUCACUGCCAGUUACACACAAAUAGCGCAUUUGCUUCAAAACCAAAAUCUUGUUUUCAUAAACUGAAGCAGAGUUAACAUCUACAGGUUCUUGCUUGCUAAACCAUCAACUUUGAAUUGUUAUCACAGUGAAUCAAAAAAAGCUUGUGUGGUUUCCUUCAGCUGGAGCUGUGAACUUGAAUUACAUUUUUCUGUAUCUUGUUUUUAAGUAGUGAUUAUAGUGCCCUUUAAAAUGACUAUGCUUCAGUUUUUACUGAUAACAUACUUCAUGUUCCAAAAGCCUGCUGAAAAAGAAAUUAUUCCAAUUUCCCUUUCUCAAUCUGUAAGAAUGCUGGAUGUUUACCUCACUCGCCAGCAAAAACAAACUUUCAUAACUUUUAAUUCAUUUAUGGGAAAUAGCCUAGAAACUAUGAUUGUCUUCCUGGAUAUUAAUAUUAUAGUGAAUUUUCAACCAUUGACUAAGGACAGUAAAUUUCCUUCUCUCAAGGACUUUACUGGAUCAGCUGAGUUUUUCUGACAAUAGAGUAUUCCAAGGUCACAGUAGCUAUUUAUUUCGGAUUUUAUUUUAACUAACAAUUUAGAUUCUCUGCUGUUGUGGUGGUAUCUAAAUUCAUGUUCCUGAAUCAGUAAGUACUUCAUUACCUCUGAGUUCUGUGGAUAGACCCAGAAGAUAAAAUACUAAAUCGUGAUUGAUUUUGCUUGGGCUCAGUAAAAGCUACACAGUACAAAUCUGACACCCCCAUGAUCAAACUUCGUCAUCUGUGCUAAUAUAUCCUUUAGUUUGUCAAUUUCUGUCUGAUAACACUCCUGACAUUUUAUUUUAAUAGGUGCUCAAGUUAUUGCUCUAUGUCUGUUGUUCAUUUUACCAAAUCACAAAGUGGUUGCACAGGUUAACAAAACCAGAAACAUUUCCAGGUGGCACAGUGGUUAGCACUACUGCCUCACAGAACCAGGGAGCUCGGAGGGAUGCUCUUUGGAGGGUCAGUGUAGGCUCCAAGGACUGAAUGGUCUCUUUGUGCACUGUAUGGAUUUAAUGAUUUCUCAAGGGGAAAGAACUGAAUAGCAAAAUAGUUACUUUCCACUGGUAUAGAUGAGUACUAAGCAUAGGUGUGGUCUUUGUCAUUUUUAGAAGGAUGUAGAUGCAAAAGGAUUUUACUAUAAAUGAUCCAGCAGUAAAAAGGCUAGGGAUAGUUUUUCUACAAAACCUGAAGGACGAAUGGUGAUCAGAUAAAGCUUAAUGAAAAGAAAUGAUUAGGUAGGCAUAUAGAAAAUGUUCCAUUUGUGGGUACCAUAACUAGGGAUUAUAAUUGUAAGGUGGUCACUAAUAAAUCCAAUGGGGAAUUCAGGAGAAACUUAUUUUCCAGAAGAUGGGUUAGAAUUUGGAACUUUCUAUCAAAACUAGUUGUUGAGAUAAAAAUAGCGUAAAUACAUUUAAAGAGGAAGUUUGAUAAACAUGAGGAAGAAGUAAAAUGUUAUGUGGAUUGGCUAAAAUCUAUAGCAAAUACUUAAUCGACCACUUGGGCCAAAGGGUCUGUUUCUGUGCUGAAAAUACUUUGUGAUAUUUGAAGUCUAUUCUAACAUUAAAUAACCUGUUACCUUAAAUGACAAAUAACUUCUGAUAUGUCCUUAAAUUCACUCACUUAUCUCGGUUUCCUUAUGUAAUGGUAAGUAAAAGAAAAACAUGUGUUAUCCACUUAUUUAAAAAAAGUACUAGCUGGAUGGAAGUCAAUGCAGUUAUUCAAUCCAAGUUUAAGAAAACUGUAGAAAUACUUCAAUCAGUUUCUGGCACUCCUUAAUGUUCAGUG